AAACACAAGGCCACAGAAGCGAAAAACAGAUAGAAGAAACUGAAAACAUUUGGAGAAGAAAGCUUAUGGCUACUUCCAUUAAGCCUCUGCUUCCUCUAUCUUCGUUACCGAAACAAACAAUCGAAUCCUCUUCAUCUCCGUGCACGAUUCCCUGCAAACCUGUCCCCGAUUCAAAGUGUUCUUCUCACGCGAGGCAUCAACGAGCACAGGUUUCAGUUUCCGUUGCUUUCAAUCCUUCUGGGAAUUUCGACCUCUCUCUAUUCGACGAUGACGACGAUUCACCAAAAGUUUCGCCUCCAAUGCCGCCGAGAGAAGGUCGAUUCGAGGUGUUUCUGGACAAGGAGGCAAUUCGCCGGCUGGAUUUAACUCCAUUCCACACAGCUACUGGGAUCACCUCGCCUUCAUCUGUGGAGCCAAAGGAGUUUCUGGAACGAACAAUUGGAUUCACGAUAACUUAUAGGAGAGAAGACGAGCAUGACCAAAGAGAACUAUCCGAAUUGCCUGAUAUAAGGCUGUGGUUUGUGAGACUUGAUGCGGUAUAUCCAUGGCUGCCUGUGUUGCUGGAUUGGCGGGCAGGAGAGCUUGCUCGAUAUGCGGCCAUGUUAGUGCCGCACCAGAUGAGCAUGAGAAUGGGGGUAGUGUUUAAUCCAGAGGCACUGGAGUUGUUUAUAAUGAAGAAGGUUUUUGUAGUCUACUGUUGGUUGAAGAAGCAUGAGAUUCCAAAGAAGGCAGCUAGGUUAAAGGCGAGUGACAUGGCUAGGAUGCUUGGUUUUGGAAUUGCAGAUGAAAUGUUUGAUCUCAUUGAUCAACAUGAUACCUUCACUUGAUUAAUUCCAACCUUCGCAAGUCAUUACAAAUUAAAUUAAUAUUUAACAUCCAUAAGUUACUCGAUCAUAUAUUUUUUAUUGGGCAAUUUAAACUAGUCUCUGAAACUGU